UCUUGAAGGAUCGUCAGCAGAUGAGUAGGACUCAGUGUGAAGCUAUGGAAACGCUAGAUUCUUUCUUCAAUAACACCACUUCUCAGUUUUAUGUCGUUUUGACCGGAACAUCUAGUUUUCUCUCUGGAGUUUUGAUGUUUUUGGAAUGGCUACAUUUCACUUACUUUGGUAUGUCAAUUGUCGAUCGAAUCUCAGCGUUUAUUGUCCAGAUAUUUCCCUUCAUUUUGAAUCGACGGAACAAAGACACCAAGAAUGCGAAAGCUCUAAAGAAAGUGCCCGAUGUGAAAGCUGUCCGAAACUCUAUGAUGCUGUUUAGAGGAGCUGAAUACAAUCGAUAUUUCCUUGAGACGAAUCGAGAGCCAUUAGUUGAAUACGAUGUCACUUUAACCUCAAUGGAUUUUCGAUCAUUCUUCACGUACGAUGGACCCUCACUCGAGUCUGGGGCUACAGAUCAACAGAUAAUUAACGGCGUGUGGCGAGAACCUGACAGAAUGAAACGAAUUGAAAUUGCUCACAAGGCUCUCUCGAUAAAUCCCAGUUGCCCUCUGGCUCUGAUUGUCUUGGCUGAAGAAGAAACUAGUUCGAUUCUGGAGGUUGAAGAAAGGCUAAAAAUUGCAUUGAAAUCAGCUGAAGGAGCAAGUAAAGGCAGUCAUAUUUUGAGCCAGCAGGAUCCCAUGUACAAGCCACUUCACGAGAGGAAUCAAUAUGUCUGUUCGUACUGCCGUAUCCGAUCGGCUGUGUGUGCAAGAAAACUCGGCAAGUUGAAGGAAUCAUCCAAAAUGUUUCGAGAUUUGUUGAGGGACGACCGGGCACUUGCAAUGGCUAAUAUAAACGAGAGUCUCAUUGAAUGUCUACUGGAGAUGCAAUGCUAUAGCGAUGUACAGCAGCUACUACAGAAGCAGGAAGAAGUCACCCUCUACAAGUCAACGGUCAUGUGCUAUACACUGGCACUCAUGAAGGCACGGGCUCUCACUGAGAAGUUUUCCCCGGAUGCGGUUGCAAGGAGAGGUCCCAAUGCUGCGGAGAUGAUUGCUGUGGAUGCCAUCCACUGUGCAGUUGAGAUGAAUCCACACGUCCCCAAGUAUCUACUGGAGUUGAAGAGUUUGAUCUUACCACCAGAGCACUAUUUCAAGCGUGGAGACAGCGAGGCGAUUACUUAUGUGUUCCAUCAUCUUCAUCACUGGAAGCAAGUCGGAGGUGCUCUACAGCUACUCUCAUCGACAUGGGAGGGAGCGUUUCGCCGGAUCCCAUUUCCGCUCGAGCGUGGGCACCAUUUCCCACCCUACCCUGCUAACAUGGAGGCCAUUGAUCAACAAGUACUACCCCCACAUCAUGAACUGUCUGUGUUCCCUCAAAGAGAAACUCCCUUCUUCAUGGUGUUUACUGGUGUGCUGUGCUUCAGCUUCAUGACACUAACUGUCAUUGCUUACCAUUUCCCCAAAGCCAUGACACAGUACGCUAAAGCUGUCACUACUUUGUUUCUUGUUGUACUCGAGAAACUUAUUCCCACUGAUUUUUUCGGUAUUUUUUGACUAUUUAAAAAUGCUUUAUUCAUGAUACAUGGCUAGUUUGUACGAUCUGAUAUUCAAUAUUGUUUGCAAACACAUGA